AUGGCAUCUGUCGUUCGUUCUAUGGGCCGACUGGCCGUGGCUACUUCAUAUUCCUCAAAUGCUGGCGGCUUCAGCUCUUUUAUCGCCCCGGCGGCUUUCGCGAGUGUCCGUCUCCCUCACCAGAGCCGCCCCAAGCUGCCUUCCUCUCGGGGCCUUUUCAGCAUAUCUCAGCCGCGGCACGGCAUUGUCUGUUUCAAGCUUGCUGACAUCGGAGAAGGUGCGCUGCACCCUUGUGUUGAUAACAACAGGGCUCUUGGGCUGGGCAUUAUCAGACAUUUUGCUGCCGCUGUCGCUGCUAUUCUCAUGCAGCGCCUUUCUGCCCUUGCGAAUCAUUACUUCCCAGGUAUUGCAUCGGUGGAAUUAACAAAAUGGUACAAGAAGGAGGGAGACACUGUGGAGGAGAUGGAAGAAGUAUGCGAAGUACAAUCAGAUAAAGCGGCAGUCGAAAUCACCAGUCGUUAUUCCGGGAAGAUCGUGAAACUGUAUGCUCAGGAAGGCGAAACGGUUAAAGUAGGGGGGCCUUUAGUCGACAUUGACUCGCCAGAUGUCGAAGACACACAGGCACAACAGAGUUCUGCCCCUCCAUCUUCUGAUUCCGAGCAUGCGGCGAUUAGUCAACAACAGGAGCAAACGACAGCAGCGCCUUCUAGUAAGGGAGGAGAGGCCCUGGCGUCUCCCGCUGUGCGCCGACUAGCGAAAGAGAAAGGCGUCGAUUUGGAUAAGGUGAAGGGCACCGGUGCGCGCGGGGCUAUUACAAAAGACGACAUUUUGAACUACCUAUCUUCCGAAACAUCGACUGGGACGCAGGGGCAUUCAGCAGAGUCGCAGCAGGGGCAUUCAGCAGAGUCGCAGCAACCGAAGACCUCGCAGGGACGUCGAGCCGACCGAGAGGUCCAGCUGCAGGGCUUUUCAAAGGCCAUGGUCAAGUCCAUGACAGAAUCUUUGAAAGUGCCGCACAUGAACAUCGGCGACGAGUACGACGUGACGCGCUUGAGCGAAGUUCGCCGUGUGUUGAACGACGAACUGGCUUCCCAAGGUGUCAGGAUUUCUCUCACUGCCUUCUUAAUAAAAGCGAUGAGCAUCGCGAUGAACGAAUACCCCAUUGUUAAUUCGAAGUUCAACACGCAGACUCAAAACUCGUACACGGAAUUCGGCAGUCAUAAUGUCAGCGUCGCGAUCGAUUCACCCGGCGGGUUGGUUGUUCCCUGCGUAAAGAACGUUCAAGAUCUGACCAUUGUUGAAAUUCAGAAAGAACUCAUCCGCCUUCAGGGCCUUGCAAGGGCAAAUCGCCUUUCCCCUUCUGACUUGGCAGGAGGCACAAUCGCCUUGUCCAACGUGGGCGUCAUUUCAGGGACAUAUAUUCACCCCUUACUUUUCGACGGUCAAGCAGUGAUAGUGGGGGUUGGCCGCGUGCAACAGCUUCCGCGUUUUGUGAGUUGCGAGAACACGGCGGGCGGCGGCAGCAGCACUGCAUUGGUAUCUCGGGAUAUAAUCAACUGUAGUUUCUCAGCUGACCACCGGCAUUGCGACGGCGCCACCAUUACGCGAUUUAGCAAGAGCAUCAAGACGCUUUUGGAGAACCCAGAGCUGAUGCUCGUGCACCUGAAGUGA